AUGAAGUCUGUCGCUGUGCUUCGGUCUGUCUCACGACUUGCGGGAAAAGCGGUGAGGAUGAAUUUUGCUUGCCACGUUCCAGUUCGUGCCAUAUCAACAUCGCAAAGGGGUAGGCAUCGAUAUCUGGUUCUUUAUCUUUCCAAUCUCGUGUUAUUAAUCGACAGUUCUCCCUCAGAAAAGUCCUGUGAUUCUAUUCCAGCCUUUAAUGUGGCUCCAGAACUAGCUCAAGCACUGACCAGAGAGAUCGAAGCUGAGCAACAGUUAUCACAGGAGAAUCUUGGUGGGUCCGCUGCACCAUCAUUCCACGGCUUCAAGCUUACAACUAAAGAAGCCGAGGUGCGUCUAACCAAGCAGCAUGGGAACGAAAGUAUCCUUGUCGUCUUCAACGUCAACCACUCUGUGGAUAUGGAUGAAGGAUUCGAUGACGAAGCCCAGCCCGAGGCUGCCCCAGUGCCUGUUGCACUGCCUCCAUUCACUGUCGAGAUCACAAAGGGAGGCGAACGUCUUUGCUUCCAUUUGGAACUGGUUGAAAGCGUAGAUGUCCAGGGAGAAUAUGAUUUCCGUGUGUACGAGGAGUUUACCGUGCGCCGCGCCAGCAGCUGUCAAAGACCGGCAAUGAAUGAUGUCGCCUCGCGCGGAAGUUUAUGCCAGCAGUGA